AUGAAGUUGAGAAGAACAUUAAAGUUCCACAGUUUGAAACGGGGGAGAGUCCGCCAAACAUGGAACAAAUACAACCUCUACAACCUGUCCAAGGUUGAGCGAACGAUACCCAACUACAUCUCCAGGACCUUCUUCCAGCAGAAAUGGAACGCAAAGGCCCUGACCCGUGCCUACCACGGCGAGCACAUCAAGGAGAGCAAGUGGGAGCGCAUGUUCAGCCGCCGCAUGCUCUCCGUCGUCAACAUGGACCCUGUCUACAUGGCUCACAACGACGGCUCCGAGCAAGCCGCAGGCAGAGGCUCCGGCAAGGACAAGCCCAGCUUCGAGGAUGUCACGCCAUGGCACGAGCGCGGCCAGACCAUCCCGAACAAGAGGCCCAAGCCUGGUUUUGCACCCAAGACAGACCUGGAUCUGAUCCCGGAAAGCGAGACCCAGCCUCCCUCGCGCAGGGAGACAAACCUGCAACAGUUCAGCGGCCAGACCCCGUACAUGAACAUGGCAUACGCCCCUCUGGAGAGGAGAAUUGAUGUGGCCAUCUUCAGGGCCCUCUUUGCCAGCAGUACGCGCCAGGCGCGGCAGUUUGUCAUCCACGGUGCGGUCAAAGUCAAUGGCCAAGUGAUGACGCAUCCAAGCUAUCUUCUCAAUCCCGGUGACAUGUUCCAGGUUAACCCCGAGUUCGUUCUCCUCGCGACGGGCAAGAAGAAGCCGCCGCCGCCGCCCAAGGCCCCCAGGAAGAGCCGCAAAGCUGCUGCAUCAAAGGAGGAUGCUGCUGAAGAGGAGGGUGAGGGCCAUAGCGAGGAGGCUGCUGCGGAGGGCGAGGGAGAGGAAGGCGAAGGCGAAGGCGAAGGCGAGCAAGUUGCCCCAGGAACCAAACUACCAAAUGUCGACGCAUUUGAGGCAAGGCUAGCAAAAGAGGAGGCUAAAAAGGGGGGCGAGACUUCCACUGAGGUCCAGCCCAAUGCACCAGGCAGCAUCCCCCGUGUGCUGCGAUUCCUGUCGAAGCAAGCCAAGGACAUCCUGGAGCAACAGAAGGGCGACUUGAAGGUCAAGAAGAAGCGCAAGUUCCGCAACUUCAUCAAGAUGUCCCGCGCCGCACUCGCAAAAGCAGGCCGCGCAGGUGGCGAGGCCGAGGUUGCGUCCGACCAGACGGUCAUAGAUGAGGUCAACGCGAUGCUCCGCGACCUGGCCAUCGCCGACCCGUCAAUCGCGAAGAAGGCCGAAGAGUCGGGGGCCUUCACCGCGGAGGAGGUCGCCAAGGCUACGCAAGAGACGCGAAAGGAGCAGAAGGAGGACAAGGCCCAGCCUGCGAAGCGUGCAGACUACGUCAUGUCCGGCGAGGAGGUCUCGCGGAUGAACAAGCUGCUCAAGGAGUGGGAGGACAACCCGGAGGACCUUUCCAAGCCGUACCUCACGCCCUGGGAGCCGCGGCGCUUCAUGGGCGCCUUCGCCUUCAUCCCGCGCUACCUCGAGGUCAACCAGAACAUCUGCGCGGCUGUGUACCUGCGGCAUCCCGUGGCGCGCCAGAGGUACGCUGAGGUACCGACGCCGUUCCCGCCGCACGUCAUGCAGCUGGCGUUCAACUGGUACUUGAGGAGGAGAUGA